CCCACGGAGCCGUAUGACUACGUGGUGGUUGGAGGAGGCGUGACCGGCCUGAUCGCGGCCGCCCGUCUGGCCGAGGCGUCCUACACUGUGGCCGUCAUUGAACGGGGCAACUUUUAUGAGGAGAUGACAGGCAACCUGAGUGAGGUGCCGGGUUACACCGAGCUGUUCGACAACAGCAAGACUCCUCCCCGGGACGAAGUGGAGCAUUGGUGGGAGGUGCCUGGCACUCCGGAAACCAAUAACCGUGACCUGAACUUUACCGGUGGCAAGAUGAUUGGCGGCAGCCAUGCCUUCUCCUACUUUGGCUACCUCCACCCUACCGUCGGGGCCAUGCAGAAAUGGGCCGAUGAUGUUGGCGAUCAAUCCUGGACUUAUCCCAACACCAAGAAGUAUUUCGACCAAUCCACCUUCUAUACACCCCCCAAUGCAACCACUCGCUUUGCGAAUGCCACCCCUGAAUAUGACCCUAGCCUGAAAGGCAAUGGCCCCCUGGAGAUCACUUGGCCACGAUGGGCGCACCCAUUCAGCACCUGGAUUGCCAAAGCCUUUGAUGCUUUGGGUGUGUCCCAUACCCUGGGUUACGUGACUGGCGAGCUCCUAGGGUCCAGUUGGAUUUUGGACACGAUCAACAGCACCGACGGCACCCGUGCCACCACCUGGACGGCCUAUAUCAAGGACAAGCCCGUGCAGAAGAAGAUCGAUAUCUUUACUUCCACGCUCGCGGGGAAGAUUGUCUUCGAUGGGACGAAGGCGACUGGGGUGGACGUCACCCGGGAUCUGCCCAACCAGGAGACAGAACAGUUCAACAUCAAUGCCAAGCAUGAGGUGGUCCUGGCAGGCGGAGGCAUUCUCUCCCCGCAACUUCUGAUGGUCUCCGGCGUCGGACCAGCCGACCAGCUGGAGGCAUUGAAUAUCCCCGUGGUUUUGGACCACUCGCGGAUCGGCCAAAACAUGCACGACCACAUCGUCUUUGGAGUCACCUACAAAGUCAAGGUCCCCACCUCGUCCAUCCUGCUGGAUGAUGCGACGCGGUGGCACCAUGAGGGCUUGUUCAAGGAGAAUGUCACCGGCAUGCUGGUCAACCCGGGGCCCGAUUACGGUGCAAUCGUGGAUAUCCCCUCCGAUCUCCGGAACUUCACCCAGGAAGUUAAGCAGGACCUGGCCGCCUUGCCCAAGGACUGGCCUGAACUGAUCAUCGUCGGAUUCCCCCUCGGCCACGACUGGCCCAGCGAUGGCAACUACGCCACCCUGAUGGGCAUUCCCAUGACGGCCAAGUCGACCGGAUCCAUCGCCCUGAAGUCCGGGAGCAUGGUCGACAAGCCAAAGGUGAUCCCGAACUGGCUCACUAGCCAGACAGACCUGCAAGUCUCGAUCGCAUCCCUCAAGUACAUGCGUCGGGUCUUCGAAAACCCUGCUAUGGGUGAGAUCCUUGCCAGUGAUGAGAUUUCUCCGGGCAUUGAGGCCGUCACCUGGGAUGAGUUGGAGGAUGCCCUCAAGGGCGGGUUCCGCUCGAUGCACCACCCGGCUGCCACGCUGCGUAUGGGUCGAGAUGGUGAUCCUGACGCGGUGACAGACAGCCGAGGCAAGGUGAGAGGAUUGGACAACGUGAGAGUCGUCGAUCCUUCGGCAUUCCCUUUCUUGCCCCCGGGCUUGCCGCUGGCUCCUGCUUGUAUGUUUUCCAGUCUUCAUUUCUGAUUUAUAAGAGACCAUACUAAUAGAAACAGUCAUGUUCGCUGAAAAGAUCACCGAUAACAUUAUCAGCGAUCGCAAGGCCAAGGGCCGCCAUGGUAAGGAUCGCACGGAUCUGUAGAUGAGAUCUGAAGCGGGAACAAGAAUGAGAACGUGGUGAUGGACAUUACCAGGCUGCUUUGUACCAUGGAACUUAUGACAUUCAAGAACCAAUGACUACCCAGCUAAGGUUUUUGAUUGAAU